GUUGUUGUUCAGGUUACUAGCGGUGCUGACGUCACACUCUUUGCUGACGUGUGACGGGUUCCCCUCUCAUGCGCCUAUCACAGUUUGUGAAAAUCUCACGCCGUUCCAUAGGACUCCAAAUAUGCAGCCUAUUUCGAGUCAGCCGCCCAACACAAGUCCAUAUUCGAUCCACGUGAGCAGCGAAAACUAUACACGUGACGCCAUGAUAACUGUCACGGUUAAUGGCACCAAGGCUAUUAAGGGGUUCAUCAUCCAAGCCCGUGCUGUGGGGGAUGCCAGACCAGUUGGCACCUUUCAGGGGCCUCUGUCUGCGGACCAAACCUUCUUGUGGUGUUCCGGUGGAGAAGAACAGAAUACUGUUGCUCAUCACCGUUUCAAACCGCCAAAUGGAUCAUUACCUAAAUCUUUAGAAUUUACUUGGAAAGCACCGGGAUACAGUGUGGGAAAUAUCACGUUUUGGGGAACUUUUGUCGAAAGCUAUACCAUAUUUUGGGUUAGUAUUCAAUCUGUAACAGUCCACGGACCCACAGCUGACCCUCAAACACCACCAACGAUACAACCAAGUUUUGCGGUAACAAAGGAUGGUUGUGGGAGCGAGAAAGGUUGCUAUUCCGAGCCCGAGGACUGCACAAACAGUUCAAACUGUAUAUUCCUGGUCACUUACCAAAGAGCAGGAGAGAACAUCACUUUUGAAAUGAGUGGAAAACACGGUUACGUUGCUGUUGGUUUUAACUCCAAGCAAGAAAUGGACCAAACCGACACCAUCACCUGUUCAACUUCAGCCAGCAGAGCUGUUGAGAUCAGACAUUACUUCAUGGAUUUUCACCAGCCCAUUCGAACUAACUUGGGAAACUCGACGGACAUCAUUCGACAUGCCGCAGCUUAUGAGAAUGGAACAAUGACGUGCAGAUUCGUUCGUAAAAUCUCACCCACGGGAUCAAAUAUGACAGAUCUUACAAAGAACUGGUUCUUUAUCUUUGCUUGGACCGGUGUCACUCGCACAGGCGUCUUAAAUUAUCAUGUUGAAAACGCAUCUUUCACCGCCGAACGCGUCAACGUUACACGGCCAGCCAUUUUGAAAAACGGACGUAAAUUGGCGCCAGUACCGACACCCGAUGGAAAACUGGAAUUCCUCACUUCCAAAUGUGGCGACGAGAAAAGCUGCUACUUUGAGCCCGAUGGCUGUUCAUCCAGUGGUACCUGCGACUAUCUUGUGACAUUCGAACCUUGUGAAAAAAAGGAUAACGUCAAUUUUGAGUUGAGCGCAAAGAGCGACUGGGUCGCCAUAGGAUUCAACGAUGAAGGCAAAAUGGAUGGUACAGACACUAUCAUCUGCUCCCGCCUCAAUGAUGGCAGUGUCGCUAUAGAGCACUAUACCUUGAAUGGCUACAACAGUCCAGUUCAAACCAAACCGACUCCCGCUGGUCUCACGGUUAUCUCUGGCGCUUUUGAGGAUGGAGUUAUUAAGUGUAGAUUCUCGCGGAAUAAAACAGCAAGUUCCAUGUUUCGUUUAGACAAGGAGGUAUUCUUGAUUUACGCUCGUGGCAGCGUGAGUGGUGGCAUACUUAAUAAACACACUCACAGGUCAUGGAGCGCCGAUAAAGUCGACGUCUGUAAACUGAAUGCACCACUAAAGAGCGAGACCCCAGACACCAAGCUACUGAAGGCGCAUGGCUCUCUUAUGGUGUUAGCCUGGGUCGGGUUUGCUACCUUGGCUAUAUUUGCGGCCCGUUACAUGAAAGACGCGUGGGGCAAACUGUUUGGAAAGAAGAAGUGGUUCCAGAUUCACAGAGCCAUGACUGUCUGUUGUUUAAUUUGCACGUUGGUCGGUUUUGUGCUGGUCUUUGUUCACGUUGAAGGCUGGUCUGAAGCGGACGUGGCGCACUCAGUAUUGGGGAUCAUUAUUACGUUCCUUGUCUGUGUACAGCCCAUCAUGGCUCUCAUGAGGCCCGGGCCAACUGCUGAGAACCGCUGCAUUUUCAACUGGGCUCAUCGUUCAGUUGGCGUCACUGCAUUCAUUCUCGGCAUUGCCAACAUCUUUCUCGGUCUUCGCCUGCCACAUUUGGACACAGAAUUUGGAGUCUAUUUCAUGGUUGCGUUUUGUGUUGGGCUGCUGCCAGUUGUUGUUCUCGAGAUCUAUUUAAUGCGCGGCAAAAAACAGCAAGGUGUUUUUUACAUGACGUUUGGAUUCAUCGCUGUCCUGGUUACCUCUGCCUGUUUGGCUCUGCUUCUGCUCAUCACCAUGGCAACUUAAGAAGAAACCAAGCUAGGUCAAAAUGGAAUGACUUUUUUCCAGCCUGUGUUGCUUAUGAGAAGUCAGCAUUGGUUUUCAAUCGCACAUGUUUUAUAGUUUGUCCUGCAUCUUAGGAGU